CCACAGCCUUCCCCAGGGUGUACCACCAUGUUGUCAGGUUGUUUUUAGAUUAAAUGUGCAGUAAAGGGGAGGCUGUGGGUGAUUUUAGUAUGAAGGAUUAAGGCCUAGUCUUGUUUUCUUAACCACUUUUAGUGUUCUCUCAUGUCCGAUUUACAGAGACCACUAACACAUUUCUUGUGUUCAUUUUCUAUCAAGUAAAGUUAUGUUGCAGGUCUCAUGAUUUCAUGGAAGUGCAUCACACUCACAAAACCCAUGACAUGUCUAAAAGCUCUCCUCUCCUGGCCGGUUACUGACUGAAACACGGGUGUUUGAAUAUCAGGAGACAGGUCUAUUUUCAGUCAUGUAAACUGGAGGAGGGGGCGGGGCCUGCGUCCAGUUAAGGAGGGGUGUUUGGUGACGUCACCGAGGCAAGCGCCCCUGCGCACCACACAAGUUGGAACACGCGCUAGGGGCUAAACCACCGAGAAGAAGCUCGAGACGUCAGUUGAAACAUGGCGCUGAACGGGAGAGCUGUCAACAGUCAACAGAGGGAAGAAGCACCAACAACAACAACCGCUGCUACUGCCGCACCGUCUCUCUGAAAGUCAGAUACGGAUUACCUGCUUGACUGCUGAAGCUAGCCAGAGCACAUUUAUCCUUUUCUGACACUUAACUCGACGUUAAGCUACCGUUACAGACACUGCUUAGCUACCUGUUUAACCACAACAUGAGUCGAUCUGUGUAGCUUACCUUACCGUCGUUUAUCUACUCAGUGGCUGCUACCUAGCUUCUUAUAUUUGGGCUAACCUCAGAGCUACUAGUCGGUGUAUAAUACCAAAACAUGAUUUGUUGAACUGUUGCCGCUUAUUCACUCAGGUCCUGUCAGCUUAAACUCACCUGAGCAUCAUAUAUGCCAAGUUAGUAUCGGUUUAUACUAGCUGAAUAGCAUCGAGAACAUGUCAGACAACCAGAGCUGGAACUCCUCCGGUUCCGAGGAAGACGUGGAGCCCAGAGAUGAGUCUGGACAUCUGAUUGGGAUUGUCGAUUUAAGCGGAGUCCUCAGUAAGUGGACAAAUUACAUCCAUGGUUGGCAGGACCGUUGGGUGGUCCUGAAAAACAACACACUGAGCUACUACAAGUCCCAGGAUGAGACUGAGUAUGGCUGUCGGGGUUCCCUCUGCCUUAGCAAAGCUGUGAUUACUCCUCAUGAGUUUGACGAGUGCCGGCUGGACAUCACUGUGAACGACAGUGUUUGGUACCUCAGAGCAGCAGACCCGGAGCACAGACACCAGUGGAUCGACUCCGUUGAGCUGCACAGGAGUAUCAAAGAAGGGAGGAGAGAGAAGGGAGGAAUCCAGGGAACAAUAUUCAUCUCUCCACCGCUGGUGCGUUUGUUGGCUGAUUCUGGGUAUGGCUCUGAGUCCAGUCUGCGGAGACAUGGCUCCAUGCUGUCGCUCACAUCGGCCACCAGCGGCUUCUCCGCCACCUCCACAUCCUCCUUCAAGAAGGGUCACAGCCUGAAGGAGAAGCUGGCGGAGAUGGAGACAUUCAGAGACAUCUUGUGCAGACAGGUGGACACGCUUCAGAAAUACUUUGAUGGCUGUUCAGACGCAGUGUCCAAGGACGAGCUGCAGAGGGAUAGAAUCGUGGAGGAUGAUGAAGAUGACUUCCCCAACACCAGGACAGAUGGAGAGUUUCUGCACAAUAACAACGGCAGCAAAGAAAAGCUGUUCCAGGCCUUGAGUCCUAAGGGCAUAGACUUUAAGGGUGAGGCCAUCACAUUCAAAGCCACCACAGCUGGGAUCCUGGCCACUCUGUCCCACUGCAUCGACCUCAUGGUGAAGAGAGAGGACAGCUGGCAGAAGAGACUGGAUAAGGAGAUGGAGAAGCGCAGAAGAAUAGAGGAGGGCUACAAAUCAGCUCUGAACGAGUUGAAGAUAAAGUCUCACUUUGGAGGUCCAGAUUAUGAGGAGGGUCCGAACAGCCUCAUCAAUGAGGAUGAGUUCUUCGAUGCAGUGGAAGCUGCUCUCGACAGACAGGACAAAAUAGAGGAACAGUCUCACACUGAGAAGACGAGGAUGCAGAGAUCCAGCCCCGUCCCCCCCGGAGACGUCUACUCCACCAUCGGCACACACAGAUUCGCUAACAAGACUCAUAGUCAGUCCACCCCCGCUCUCAUAGUCAGCGUCCCUCACGAGGUCCACAGAUUCAGCGCAGAGGUGGAGGAGAUGGUGCAGAAUCACAUGACCUACUCCCUGCAGGAUGUUGGUGGAGACGCCAACUGGCAGCUGGUUGUAGAAGAGGGAGAAAUGAAGGUGUACAGGAGAGAGGUGGAAGAGAACGGGAUAGUGCUGGACCCGCUGAAGGCCACACACUCAGUGAAGGGGGUGACUGGACACGAGGUCUGCCACUACUUCUGGGACACGGCCUACCGCAACGACUGGGAGACCACCAUUGAAAACUUCAAUGUUGUGGAGAAUCUGUCAGAAAACGCAGCAAUUGUUUAUCAAACGCACAAGCGUGUGUGGCCGGCCUCUCAGAGGGACGUGCUGUACCUGUCCGCCAUGAGGAAGAUCAUGGCCAACAACGAGAACGACCCCGACACCUGGCUGGUCUGCAACUUCUCUGUGGAUCACGACGAUGCUCAGCCCUCCAACAAAUGUGUCCGUGCCAAAAUCAACAUCGGCAUGAUCUGUCAGACCCUGGUCAGCCCACCAGAGGGAGAUAAAGAGAUCAGCAGAGACAACAUCAUGUGCAAAAUCACUUACGUUGCCAAUGUGAACCCCGGAGGCUGGGCCCCUGCCUCUGUGCUCCGGGCCGUGGCUAAGAGGGAGUACCCCAAAUUCCUCAAGCGCUUCACCUCCUACGUCCAGGAGAAGACUGCUGGCAAACCCAUCUUAUUCUGAGGCGCACAGUGUUGAGACAAAGGACAGAAACGCGUAUGAGGCUUUGAGGAUCCAGGUUCUUCAGACUGACUGCUGCUACCCAACACGUUUUGUAAAGUGGUUUUCUCCCUCUCAGUUUUUAAGCUACAAGUUAGUUCCUAUAGGGGGAGGAAGGGUCAAAAUGCUGCCCUCUGGUGGCUGCAUUCAUAUAACACAAUAUUCGUGAGGCAACUGAAUCCUCGCUGUGAUAUCAUAAGUUGUAAUUUCAAGAGACAUUACUACUUGUGUCUCCCCUUCAAAUCACUUAAUGGCUGUUAUUCAGAAUAGAUCAUUUCAAGUUUCAUUGAAGAGUAGUCUCCUGUGAUGAAUGCACCCAGCAGGGGGCCCCGCCUCCCCAUUCAAGUUUUUUAUGCAGCGGCUGAUGCCAUCGUUCAUGCUCCUGUAGAAAAAGGAUUUGUCGUGUUUCUUACAGAUAUAUUAAUAUAUAAAUGUAUGUAUGUUCUAUAAGAAGUUUAUAAAAAGAAACGGACAGAUCUUUGCUAAUAGAAGGAAAUAUUUUAUUGCAAUUUAUAGCUCCUAUUUUUUGUUGAUUUAUUUCAUAAGUCAUUCCCCAGCUUUCUUUUUGAGCUGCUAACUUUUGCUAGUAAAACUUCACUGAUUGAUUAAGUCCAGAGGGCUGUCAUCUUCCCAUGAGCCCUAUGAUAUAAGACUUGACCUCUUCGACCCCGGCCCUCUCAUGAAAACACCCCCUCGUGGUGCUGACGGAGGGACGAGGCGUCAGGAGUUUGUCAUUUAUUUAAUGUAAAAAAAACAGUUAAUGUACAUUGUUUGCUCGGCUUUAUAUUUGUGUUAUUGUACAAUGAUGUAGUGUUAUAUAGCACCUAUUUUGAAUGUUUAUUGUAAAUAGACAACAUUUCUCUGAAGGUCACAUCGUUGUUGAGCCCAGAUGCCUUGGUGUAAAAGGAGAAUCUAGCUUCAGACGGGAUAAAGGAGACUCGGUAGUGAAGUGCCUCGUGGCCGAGUUCCCCUGAUAGUCAUCUCCUCAAGGAGUCCAUUUAAAUGUACUGAAUGAAAGAGAGCACACUUAAUUUGGGUUUCCCACCGAGGGCUUGCAGGAUAUUUGUACAAGUUGUAGUAUUACUUGAGAUACAUUUCAAAUGUAAGUUCCGUAUCAGCGUCGUCUCCUCCACAUUUCGGGUGUGUCACAACAUUUGCUACUGAAGAAAAUACUGAAAUCAUCAAGUUAGGUUUUGGUAUAAUGUGUAAAAAUGUAGACAAAGGUGGAGGUGCAGAGUUCAGUAAAGAUCUACGCUUGUGAGACCUUCCUGGUUAAAUAAAAAAAAAAUAUUGGAAUGGUGUACUUAUCAUUCCUUAUUUGACUGACACUGAUAUGGAAAUAUCAUCACACUUUUAAGAGGAAGUUGGUUUUCACUUCCUUAGUUAUUUGCCAUGUAAAACAUUUCAAAGUAAAGCAUCGGUAGCUCUACCUGAAUAUAUUUUAGUACUAUUUUCCACCAGUGGACAGCACAAAAUGUUUGUUUUUGGGUUCAUUCGACAUUUGUUGCUAUUUUUUCUGUCUCUUUUUGAGCGUUUGAUUGGAGCUUCUAGCAGUGAUGUGGGUGAGAGUGAGCCGUAUGAUACUCAGCCUCUGGGCUGAAGAAAGGCUAAAGUGCUUUCACCUUAACAUUUCUAAAUCAAAAAUGAAUGUUAUUAGGAAUAUGUUUUUGUAAAUAAUUUGUUCAUACUAAUGCUGUGGGAUCAACUUACAAAUGUACUGUGACAGCGUUGCGUUCCGCCCUGUUGAAAAACUGAAAUAAAUAAGUUUAUCCUCCAUU